AUGCUACUUGUUCGCGUCACGUUGUGGACUGUGGCCUUUGUGCGGAUGCGCUAUGGUCAGAGCCUAGGUGGCUCCUCUCGAGGCUCACCAGGAUCAUCGUCGUCCAUCGCCCGCUACGACGCCGUCCCCGACUCCCCUUCGCUCAAGUCGCGCCGACUCACGACCCGUGGCAGCUGGGAAACAUGGUACCGUCGGGCCAAGUGGUGGCUAUCGGACGAUGUCGUGAUUUUUGGCCAGCACCUCGGCCAGCGUGACUUAUGGGUGGGCGGCGGUUCGUGGAUGGCCAUUCUUCUGGUGCUGUGUGUUGUCGAAACCGGACGAGCCCUAGACUACAUGCACCUCACAAAGCGUUUUGGCAUCGUUGCAGUUUCCCAACUGCCGUUGCAGUACGUGUUGGCUUUGCGCUGUGUCAGCCCCGUGCUAGCCAUUUUCGGCACGUCGCAUGAGCAGGUCAACCGAUGGCACCGUGUACUGGGCACCAUCAUCUAUACAAUGUUGCUGUUGCACGCUACAUUUUACCUCAACUUCUUUGCCUUCUUGGGCAACUUCUGGGCACGCCUCUUGCGGCCAGUUGUCGCCCUAGGCCUAGCUGCUAUUUUCAGCAUGACACUGCUCACCACGACCGCAUUGUCCAUUGUGCGCCGCUGGUCGUACCGCGUCUUCUUCAUAACGCACGUUUCCGUCGCGUUUGCGCUUCCCGUCCUGGUGAUAUUCCACGCUAGAUAUGCCAGCAAUUACGUUGCCGCUGCCUUGUUGUUGCUCAUCGCCGACCUGACUUUCCGCAAGAUUCAAACGGUAACAACGGAAGCCCGGAUUGAGAUGAUACCGGGCACUGAGCUCAUCCGACUGACGGCGCCCAUUCCAUUUUCUAAGCUGGACAAGUACCGGAAGCACCCUGGCAGCCAUGUGUAUUUGAGCCUUCCCGGCUCGGCGCGGCCAUCGACCAACCCCCUGUCUCCGACAAGUAUCUUAUUCGAGUUCCUCUUCAAUCCUUUUACUAUUGCCACCGUCAACGACCAGUCGAGCGACUUAACUCUAGUGGUCCGCGCUCGCAAGGGGCCUAUGUCAGCAGCGCUCUCGCGACACGCCGGUCCCGUCCAACUUACUAAGAACGAGGACGGCGGAGCCGAAGAGGACAAUGACGAUGAAACGACUCCGGCCAUUCCGACAACCCAUGACCUGGGUGCGGCUUCAAACAUGGGUGCCGGGACGAUGUCCGUCAACCUCGAGGGCCCGUACGGGUCAAGCGCCUACUUCCCGGAACUAACUCCCCACAAUUUUGAUCGUGUUCUGCUGGUCGCUGGUGGUGUCGGCGCCACAUUUGUCGUUCCUCUUUACCGGUCCAUCAUCGAUGAAACCGCCGCGACUCGGAAUGGCGGAAGCCUCAAAGUCGACCUGGUUUGGUCUGUCCGUGGUGCUGGCGAUGCUACUUGGGCAGUUGUAUCGGGCCAGGACGGAAGUGGCCACAGUUUGUUACAGGAUCGGAAUGUGCAUAUUUUCUUGACAGGCGGCGGCACAGGUUCAGCAGCUGUGGUGGAAAAUAGUGCCGCUGAAGCCGCUAUCGAGUUGACCACACUUCGCCGGGACCAGCAGGUAACUUCGCCCCGUGACCGCCGUCCGCAGUCCUACCCGCAAAGUCGAUUCGUGCCUCCGGGAGCGUCAAACCGUCAGCGGCCCGAUUUCCCCCAGAUCGUUGACGACGUGUUCCGUCACGGUAGUGAAGAACGUGUCGCCGUGUUAGUGUGCGGGCCGGAAGCCAUGGUACAGGAUCUGCGGGCUUCGGUUUCCAUGUGGGUACACCGUGGCAGAUUUGUGUGGUGGCAUAACGAAUCGUUCGGUUGGUAG